GUUUACAGGAGGACGUGGGUGACGCAAUGACGUCGGAGACGUCCUCUUUUGAUUUCUGAAGAAUAUGUCGGCAUCCGCAGGGGACGAGAAGAACACCACCAACAGAAAGGCACAACAUUCCCAAACAGACGCAAAGGAAGCAGGGGAUGCUGGAAAGACUUUGCCUUUGUCAUCAACCUCACCACCACCAACACCACCAUCAUCAUCAUCACCCACGCUGUUCAGUACCUCAUCUUCAUCCCCUUUCACAACAGCCAACAUGAGCUCCGCUACCCUUGGUAACAAAACUCUUCCACCCUCCAGCUUCUCCUCCUCCUCUUCCUCCUCUUCAUCUUCCUCUCUCAGUACGCCCUUGCCAACGUUGCCGGCCGUAAAACCCCCAACGAAGAUCCACCGCGCACGCAAGACCAUGAACAAGGCUCCGCCAACGCAGUUGCGAUGCAUCGAGGCAGCUAUUGCACCAGUCAAUGCAGGGGAUCCCCAGACCAGCUUUGCAUCAGAUACCGACACCGCUGCGGUGAAGCGAAGAAAAGUGGGUACAGAUGUGGAGAGCACUCCUCCUCCUCUGCUGUCAGAAAAGGAAGGCAAGAGUGCACCUGUAGCACCAGAGCCAGUGAAAGUGCCCGAAAAGACGGACCCUGUUGCCGCGGCAACCAAAGAGCAUCAUCAUCAGAGCGGUUGGCUGGAGGACCUGGACGACGAUGCGGACGAGGAGGACUUCCACCUGCUCUACAACAGCUACGCUGGCGACGACGUCAUGCUGUCCGACAGCAAGUCAGAGGACGGCAUGGCUGAUGACCAGCCCUGUGCAAUGGAGGAAGAGGAGCCAAGGAACCUGCCUGAACCUCCAGAGAAGCAUGGCAAAGCCCAGAAGAAAGAAGGCCGAAGACCGUGGGUGACAGGACGGGACAAAGCCAGAGACCAGCCCCGCAGGAUAGAGCAGGCUGGAGAUGCUCCAAUAGCCACGGCUCGAGCCCCUGGGGGUGUGGCCAGUGACUACACAGAGGUACCGCUCGGCUCCCUGGACAUCUCGGCAGCAGACAGCCUCUCCCUCUCUCCUCACCCUGACGGCAGUGAGAGCGGGGAGACGGAGCGUCUGGAGGAGUUGCCUCUGUGCAGCUGCAGGAUGGAGGCCCCCCGCGUGGACAGCAGCCGCAGCAAGCGCCUCUGCAUGGCCAUCGAGAGCAUCAACGGAGAGCUGGUGUGCUGCACGAGUCCCGUGGUGAAGACUGAGACCAUGCGUCCCUCCAGCCGCGUCUCCCUCAUGGUGCUGUGUGAGACCCAUCGCUCCCACAUGGUCAAACACCACUGCUGCCCAGGCUGCGGAUACUUCUGCGUCUCGGGCACGUUUCUGGAGUGUUGUCCUGACGUGCGCAUCGCCCAUCGUUUCCACCGGGGCUGCGUCUCGGUGCUGGGCGGGCCGCGAGGUGGUAGCGGUGGUAGCAGCAGCAACGGUGGCCGUGGCGGCAGUGUCAACGGCAACAACAACAGUAAUGGCGGUCUCCUCUUCUGUCCCCACUGCGGCGAGGACGCGUCAGAGGCUCAGGAGGUGACCAUCCCCCCGCCGCCCCCCAGCGAGGGAAGGACGGUAGUCAGCGCCACCACCACCACCUCCACCACCACGACCUCCAUCUCCCUCUCGCUCUCAGCCUCCCUGCCCUCCCCGCUCACCGCACUGGGGGCGCUCAGCAACGGCAAGAGGCCCGUUAGUGCACGGAUGCGUGGCAAAGGCAGCAUGACUCGUCCGCCAGAGGCGCUCCCUCCCCCUCCGCCCCUUCCUCCUACUCCACCUCCUCCAACGACAACCCCCAGCACAGCGCCCCCUUCUGGCGUGGCCCCCACGGAGACCCUGACCCCUGGGGCCGGGGAGGGGGACAGCGUGGACAGUGUGGGCCCCUCUCUGCUCCUGCCCAAUGGCAAACCCAUCUGCCCCAGCGCAAUACCGGUGGGGGACAGGAGGGCGGCGCUGCAGAAGGCCAUCCUCACACAGGACACCGAGAGGAAGAAGAAGCUGAGGUUCCACCCCCGGCAGCUGUACCCAGCAGCCAAGCAGGGAGACGUCCAGAGGGUUCUGCUCAUGCUCAUGGAGGGCAUCGACCCGGCGUACCAGGCGGACUCCCAGAGCAGGCGCUGUGCCCUCCACGCUGCGGCCCAGAGGGGAUACCUGGACGUCUGCUACCUGCUCGUGGAGGCUGGUGCGAGGGUGGAUGCGCAGGAUAAGACGUUGAGGACGCCUCUACUGGAGGCCAUCGCCAACAGCCACAUAGAUGUGGUGCGAUACCUGAUACAGAGCGGAGCCUGCGUCUACCACGCCGAGGAGGACAGCUCCACGGGUCUGCACCACGCCGCCAAGCUGGGACACCUGGAGAUAGUCAACAUGCUGCUGGGCACAGGACUGGUGGACAUCAACGCACAGGACAGUGGAGGCUGGACCCCCAUCAUCUGGGCAGCGGAACACCGACACCUGGAUAUCAUCAGAGCCCUAUUGGACAGGGGAGCGGACGUCAUGCUCAAAGACAAGGAGAUGAAUGUGUGUCUGCACUGGGCCUCGUUUGCGGGCAGUGCGGAGAUCGCUGAGCUCAUCCUCAACGCCGGGUGUCCGCUGUCCUCUACUAACAUGCACGGGGACACGCCACUACACAUAGCCUCGCGAGAGAGCUACCUCGACUGUGUCACGUUGUUCCUGUCGAGAGGGGCGGACAUCGACAUCGUGAACCUCGAGGGGGACACACCCCUCUCCUUAGCGCGAUGUGAUUCGCCGGUCUGGGUGGCACUCCAGAUUAACAGGAAGCUGAGGAGGGGCGUAGCCAAUCGCAUCGUGCGAACAGAGAGGAUCAUUUGCAGCGACGUGGCGCAGGGUUACGAGAACGUGCCGAUCCCGGCGGUCAACGCGGUGGACGACGAGGGCUCCCCCUCCGACUACAAGUACAUCGCGGAGAACUGCGAAACGUCCGCCAUGAACAUCGACCGCAACAUCACACACCUACAGCAUUGCAGUUGCACAGACGACUGCUCCUCCAGUAACUGCCUCUGUGGUCAGCUCAGCAUAAGGUGCUGGUACGACAAGGACCAGCGGUUGCUGCAGGAGUUCAAUAAGAUCGAGCCUCCUCUGAUCUUCGAGUGCAACUUGGCCUGCUCAUGCCACCGCACCUGCAAAAACCGAGUGGUGCAGGCCGGCAUCAAGGUUCGCUUACAGCUCUACCGGACAGAGAAGAUGGGCUGGGGAGUCCGAGCACUGCAGGACAUCCCACAAGGGAGCUUCAUCUGCGAGUAUGUGGGAGAGCUGAUAUCUGAUGCGGAGGCAGAUGUGCGGGAAGAUGACUCCUAUCUCUUUGACCUGGACAAUAAGGAUGGCGAGGUGUACUGCAUCGACGCCCGUUACUACGGCAACAUCAGCCGCUUCAUCAACCACCUGUGCGACCCCAACCUGAUCCCCGUGCGCGUCUUCAUGCUGCACCAGGACCUGCGGUUCCCACGCAUCGCCUUCUUCAGCUCCCGAGACAUCUACACCGGCCAGGAACUAGGGUUUGACUACGGCGACCGCUUCUGGGACAUCAAGAGCAAGUACUUCACCUGCCAGUGCGGCUCUGAGAAGUGUAAACACUCGGCGGAGGCCAUAGCCCUGGAGCAGAGCCGGCUCGCUCGCCUGGAGGCCGGCCCAGAUGGAGGUGCCGACCCUGGGAUGGCCAUGCUAGGAAACCCCUAGGCCUUUUUUGAGGCCUGUGGUGGAUGGAGAUUGAGAUUGGAAUGCAUGUGUUUCUAUUUCAUCCUCCUCCUCUCUCUUCUCUUCUCCUCUCCUCUCCUCUCCUCUCCAAUCUUCUCUUCUCUUCUCUUCUCUUCCCCUCUCUUCUCUCUCCUCUCUUCUCCUCCCCUCUCUUCUCUUCUCUCCUCUCCUCUCCUUUCCUCUCUUCUCCUCCCCUCUCUUCUCUUCUGUCCUCUCCUCUCCUUUCCUUUCCUCUUCUCUCCUCUCCUCUCCCCUAUUCUGUUUUCUUCUCUUCUCCUCUCUUCUCUUCUCUCCUCUCCUCUCCUUUCCUCUUCUCUCUUCUCUUCUCUUCUCCUCUCCUCUCCUCUCCCCUCUUCUCUUCUCUUCUCUUCCCCUCUCUUCUCUCUCCUCUCCUCUCCUCCCCUCUCCUCUCCUCUCCUCUCCCCUCUCUUCUCUCUUCUCUCCUCUCCUCUUCGUUCCUCUCCUCUCUUCUCCUCUUUUCUCCUCUCCUCUCAUCUCCUCUGGCAUCUUCUCUUCUCUUUUCUUCUCUUCUCUUCUCUUCUCUUCUCUUCUCUUCUCUUCUCUUCUCUCUCCUCUUCGUUCCUCUCCUCUCUUCUCCUCUCCUCUCUUCUCUUCUCUUCUCCUCUCCUUUCAUCUCCUCUGGCAUUUUCUUGUCCGUCAUGUCACCACAUCAGCACCUUUGCGCCUGUGUUGCCAUGGGAUACCAAGAGACUCCCCUCCAUGGAAGCCAAGAUGGAAUAUUAAUGAAUAGUAGUACCCGAAAAAAGGUCACUUCCCCUCCAAAAAAAGGCCACUACAUUGACUGCCAUGUUGCUGUUUCUUGAUCUCGAGUCCCAUUGAGGGGGAGUGGCCAAGGCUGUGACUCCUCCCUGACCGAUAACUGACAGACCUGCCCAGGGCUGCUGACAGCUUUGGCCGGGCCUGGGACAAAAUCAUAGAAAAGGGCCCUCGCAUCAAUACAUACACAAUGUAAUGAGGAAGCAAUUCUGGGCCCCACCUCUGCCUGGGCCCGGGACAACAGACCCCUUUGUCCCCCUCUGUCGUCUCCCUUGGACCUGCCAACCGCCUGGAGAGACUAUGGACACUUACCGUAAGCAGGGCCGCUGACCGCUUUCGCUCGGCCUGGGACAAAGUCAUCUAAAAGCCCCCCUACCCCCCUACCCAAUACAUACAAUGUCAUGGGGACCCACUUCUGGGCCUGGUCCCGGGGCAACAUACCCGUUUGCCCCGCCACCCCCACCCCUGUCGGCGAGCCUGACUCUAAGCACACGAGAGCAUCCAACAAUUUGAUCGUGGAACGUUUUCUUUUGGAUUGUUUUGUUUCUAUGUAAAUGUACUUUUUUGUUUGUUUUUACAACAGUACGAUGGUACUGUGAAGUCGUCAAAAAAAGAAAGAAAAAAAGAAAGGCAAAGAGGAUCCUAUUCUUGGAUCAUCAUGUUCAUUGUGGAUGGAUGACGCUGUUCACUAAAAAAUAGGAAAGAGAAGAACUCUGUAGAACUCCAUUCCAGCCCUCUUAAUGUGCCCUUUUCUAUUUCAGUUUCCAGUGAAAUGAUUGUGUAGAUUUUUAGACGGCUGUGUUUUUUUUUUAAGGGCUGCCUUAAUUUCUGUUAUUUUAUGCCAUUGUAUAAAUAUUUGUUUAGUCUUUUUCAUUUAAUAAAUACUUAAAAUAG